AUGCUCGCCUUCGACCUGAUGACCUCUCCACCCAAUUCCAACGCCCCCUCCCCCUCUCUCGCCUCCCUUGCGCGUAUCCCCUCCCUCACUCCCACGCCCUCCUACAUCGCCCCCGUCCCUCGUCACCCGUCCCCUACUUCGCUCUCCACCCCUCCGCCUCGCUCGCCCGGGUGCCUCCCCACCGGCUGCCCGGCCGACCGAGAGAGGAUGGACCACCCCCUCCCUGCCCUGCCUACCGGCCUGCUUCCGCGCGGAAGCCAUUCGGAGGUCGUCAACCCCACGCCUCCCGUCUUGUUUAGCGAUACCGACCUCUUUGCUGCUCGACUCCCCCGCCCGAGCUGUCCCGGCCCUGCACCGGGCGUACCCGCUCUUCCGCCCAUCCUGAACGUCACGGUCGGCCAGAAUCCCGCGCGGCCGGGAGCGACUCGGAAGCCAUCAUUCACUAUCCCUCUCCCCCUUCCAUCUCCUGUCUCACCUACCGGUACCGGUAUCGCUCCGAUCUUUGCCGGCGGGAUCGGGGGCGGGGGACACAGACCCUCGUUGGCCGUAGUGUACGGAGACGAGAAUGCGUCCCGCCGGUCCUCGUAUACCCGUACCCCGUACCCCAUCGACGAAGCUGCGGACUACAUGUCGGCCCUAUCGAUGGACAAUCGAAAGAUGCACCCUGCCGAUAAGGGCGAGCUGGAGGGGAGGAGCGGGGCGAUACAGUGGACGGAUCCCUGGGCGGCGAGUGCGGGGCCGGGCGCGAGUCGGGCGGGUGUGGGUGCAGAGGAGGGGAGGCCGUUGAGCGGUAGUAUAGAGGGAGGGGUCGAGGCGAUGGGGGAUGGAGGCGCAGGCGCAGGCGGGAAUGGAAGCGGGGAGGGCAAGGCGAAAGUCAAGGUCAAUUCGGUGGAUAUCGGACAGUGGGCAAGUGUGGGGAUGGAGCAGGCUUGGUCCGCGGAUUCGCAGAGCGCCGUGGAGGGGGACAGUCUGUUGACUGAGGCGUGA